CCAUGGUCCUUUGGUCCUGAAGAAUUUCCCUGGACCACAAUGAUAUGAAUCAUCUACUGUCACUCUGUCAGAGAGUUUGUGACUAACAGUAGUAGAAGAUCCUAUUUUAAGAGAACGGAAGAGAUGCUCUGCUUGGCCUUUUUGGGUCUGGUUCGUCGUCGGCAUUCUGCACUUUCCCCCUUUUCCUCACUUUCGUUGGUUACUCCUUCCUUCAUUCCUUAGCUCAGCUCCCUCCCCACUUCCUCUUCUUACUUUGCCGGCGGCCAAAGAUGGUUUCUUUGGCCCGGGCUCUGGCGGUUUCCUACCCCGCCGGAUUCCCCUGCACCAGCUCUCACGCGCCUCCUCGCCGGUGGAGCUCCGGCCGGUUAAUUACUCGGCCGGAUCACAAUUCGAGGUUCAGAUGGCGAUCCAAGGCGGCGGAAUCCGAUACCACUCCUCCUCCUCCUCCUCCUAAUUCUCUGCCUUCGACUUUCGCCGCUUCCGUUGACGCCGCCGACUCUGCUGCUGCUGGAUUUUGCAUCAUAGAAGGGCCGGAGACGGUGCAGGACUUCGACAAGAUGGAAUUGCAGGAGAUUCAGGACAACAUUCGGAGCCGGAGGAACAAGAUCUUCCUGCACAUGGAGGAGGUAAAGCUGAAUUAAAUUUGAAAAUACUCGCGCCGCGAUUAAAUUGGGAAGAAUUGGUAUUUCAAUCGGGUAAAAACUACAAAGUCCGGCGGCUGAGGAUACAGCAGCGGAUCAACCGCGCUGAAGUUGGGAAACCGGAGGCCGACCUCCCCGAUUUCCCUUCUUUCAUCCCCUUCUUGCCUCCUCUGGUAAAAAUCAAAGAUUCUCGCUCUUCUCCUGUUAACAAUCACAAGGGCAGGAAAUGUGACCCCAACUGUUCGCUUGCUUGUGACAUGGUGGUACUAAAAUACAAACAGACUGCAGCAAACCUUAAGGUGUAUUAUGGCACUUGCUUUACUCUCAUCUCCGGGAUCAUAAUCUUCGGCGGCCUCUUAGCCCCAGCUCUGGAGCUGAAGCUGGGAUUAGGAGGCACCACAUAUGCUGAUUUUAUUACCAGUAUGCAUCUGCCAAUGCAGUUGAGUCAGGUGGAUCCGAUCGUGGCAUCGUUCUCCGGUGGAGCGGUUGGAGUGAUCUCGGCAUUGAUGGUGGUGGAAGUGAACAAUGUGAAGCAGCAGGAGCACAAGAGAUGCAAAUACUGUAUUGGUACUGGGUAUCUUGCUUGUGCUCGAUGUGCAAACACCGGAACCCUCGUCCUAAUCGAACCAGUUUCGACCACAGUCGAAGGGGAAAGACCGCUGUCGGUACCCAAAACGGAAAGGUGCCCGAAUUGCUCCGGGUCGGGGAAAGUGAUGUGCCCUACGUGCCUAUGCACUGGUAUGGCUAUGGCGAGCGAGCACGACCCGCGAAUCGACCCGUUCGAUUGAAGAAUGUGAGGGUUGUAUGGCAAGAAUGUGGUGUUGUAUUCAUUUAUCUGUUGGCUGUUGCUAUGUGCGCCCAUCUCGACGAAUAGCCGAGCUGAAACAGGUAUUGUUGUUGUAAAGAUGACUAAUUAAUAAAGUGGUCUCUCUUUUCCUCUUUGUGUUUCAAAGGGGUUUUCAGCUGGAAAAAGUGGAUAGGAAUGUUGGCUGUUGGUGUUGGGUCAAGUUCUGGAACUGUGCGGGGGAUCAUGGUCCAGUGUAAAGUUAGUUGGGCCACAGAACAUUCCAUUUCGAGGAUUUUUUUUUUCUCUCCAGAAAUAAACAUUUAACAAUAAUCCGAAAUAGCACUACUACACAACAAUUUCUCAAUAUAGUUGGGUUUUUUUGGGUGAAAUAGUUGGAUUUUUGCUUAGUUGGAAGGUAAAUGUCUCCAUUUAAACGGUCAAUAAAAGCGACAUAAGAUAUAUCGCUUUCCGAACCGGUUAUAUUCUGCUAACGUGAUUAUGUUACUUUCGUUGCAGAUUAUGAAUAAGAUUUAGAUUACAGACUAGAAUUUAGAUUUUAUGUUAACUUAGGUGUAUAACAAAGAUCUUUUCAUGAAUUGGG